UCAAACACCCUGAGGAGGCUGGUAACAACCAACAACCAAUCCUGAGUGUCUGCAGGAGUCGUGUCUUUAUUUGGUGUUGUGUGAGUUGAAUUAAGCUCUGAUAGGCUCUUUAGAAAAAUCCUCCUUCAGAUAAUCAGAUAUUAAAGAAGCGUCAGGCUGAGAUGAAACCAUUUCUACAUCUAAAACAAACCUGCAGGUUUAUUUCACCCACUGAAAAAACCAAGACCUGAGAACUCGUCAGCUGGUCAACGACUCUUCAGCAAAUCAGUUUCUGCUGUUGCUCUGCUGCUCUGAAGUCGACCAACACGGACAGAAAUGUUGCCGUUGCUGUUGCUGCUGGUUGCGUCCUCAGCCAGUCCUCUGGACGCCGACAGGAACCAGCAACCAGAUGGAAUCGUUUCCUUCCUGAAACCAGAUCCAGCAGGUGAUGUUGCUAAAAUCAAAGCUAACGUGUCUGUCUCGAUAAUCCGGCAUCUUAUGACUUCUGCGCCGAUCAGACAGAAAAUCCCAGUUAACUCGACGCUCCCAGAGUUCGGCAGUACAGGAAAACUGCAAUGGGCGACAUGGAAUGGUUCCCUUCCUAACGGAUCCGUUUCCAUCCAUAACAGCUACGCCAAACGAAUCGACUACAUCUGCAAAGUCAGAUGCAAUUCUGGGUUUUACAACCCCAGCAUGGGCUCUUACUGCCACUACCCCAAUAAAAAAAAAGAGCAUCGUUCCUCCUCUUUUCAAGUCCUUGUGAACAAAGAUAAUUUUGAGAUCCUGGAGUGGAAGGAAGGUUCUUAUGGUUCUGUUCCACAGAAUGCAAUCAGAACCUGCUCCAGUGGAAAAAUGUAUGUAGGGAAGAACAAGUACGGAUUGGGGAAGGUUGAUCCGAAAGAUAAAUGUUUUUAUCUCCCCUGGAAGGGAAAAGAGCAUUGGUACCAGAAGAGCUAUGAGGUUCUGACCCACAUGAAGGCGGAAGAAGAUUUAAUCUCUGAUGUCAAAUAUAAUAUAGAGAAAGACAAGAUUUUCAAAGAACCUCCAAAAACCAUGCAAAGCACUACUGUCACUAACCGUGCCCUCAGUCCUGUGAUGAAGACGGUUUCUUUGCGUAAGACAACCAAAGAUGAGAGACGGUGGGACUUCAGCUCCUCUAUCAGAGUUUCUGCAAAAAUGACCAUCAAAACAGGAAUUCCCCUCCUUGCAGAAGGACAUGUUGAAGUCACUGCAGAGGCGUCUCAUGCAUUCUCAUAUGGAAAAUCCUGGACAGAAGAAAUCUCCCACUCCAUCACAUUACAGCUUACCGUACCACCAAACCAUAGCUGCAAAGUAAAGAUGGUUGGUUAUCGGUACAGAAUGGACAUUCCCUUCACCGCCCGCCUGAGUCACAUCUAUGAAGACGGAGAGACCAGAUCAGUCAUCAUCUCUGGAACGUAUCAUGGAGUCCAAGUGGGAGAUAUUGGGACUGAAGUGGAAAGAUGUAAACCUCUGUCCAACUCCAAACGCUUUUCUAAAAACAUGUAGAACAUCUGGAGUGUUAAAUAGCUGCUAAUGUGUGGUUAGCACAGCUUUACCAGGCAUUGAUAUAGAGCUCCAGCUUCACUUAUGCUUUUAAUUCAUACUCUUUAUGCUUCUCAUCAGCAGGAGUGCAAUGGUGCAGGUAAUUGAGUAUUUUUCCAGUCCAGGUCUUUUGGUUUAGUACAACCUGCACACUGGAUUGUCUAUAGUGACAGAUGAAAACACGUCUUCUCCAGGUUCAUGAUGUCACAGAUCAAAGACGAGUCAGCAGUUAAAACUCAACCAAACCUUAAUAAAAUGCAAAAAAUAAUUGUCAGCCAUCAGACAGAAGAAUGCAGUCAGUCAGACCUGGUAUCCAUUCUGAUUACAUGCAGUUAUACAGAUUUAAGUCAAACCUCAGACUGCAAACAAACUGUGUGUCUGGAACAGACCGCCGCUCGCAUAACUAAUGACUGAGUUACUUCUAGUUUGAUCAUUAUUCCAUAAUUCAUUGUUUAUGUUUUACUGUCUGUUGUUGAAGAUGAACUGUUCUUCUCCAGGUUCGUGAUUCUUUCAUUCAGUUCUUCUUUAGUGAUCCUAGUUUAUUGUGUUUCCUAUGUCUAGUUAUUAUUUAGCAUUAGAUUUAUUUUAGUCUCCGCCCCUCUGAGGUGAAACUCAUUCUCAGUUUCUGUCUAAUCCUCUUACAAAAGCUUCUUUAAAUGCAUCGCUGAGAUAAUAAAAUUAUGGCAAACACUUUUGAUGCUUUAUUAAAAUGUUGUGCCAUAAUCCAUUGAUGUUUGUGAUUCUUUAUGUUUUUAUAUAUAAUUGAUGUGUUCAGUAUUUCCAGAAAGGCCCUGCCAUGUUCAGUUUAUUUCUCUUUGUUCUUCAUUUUUGUAGUUUUUAAUGUUUUCUUGGAUUCAGUUUGUUUUACCCAAAAUGUUCUCACUCAUUUCUGUCACGGCUCACUGGCAGAUACACAACUUCUCUAACAAUCACAUUCUGUCCGACAUUUAUUAAGAUUUGAUUUUAUUCUACCUACAUUUUUGCCAGACUCUGAACUUUUAACCAGACGAUGCUAAAACAAUCUGAACGCUUCUGGUAAUUCCCCCAGUUUCUCAGCAGAGGGCAGCAACACGAUUUCUACUCAAACUGGUUGGUUGCGUCAUAACUCCAGUCUGCAUUAGUGGAAACAUAACGACACAGAAAGUGACUAAAACGGAAACAUAAAUUAAACUACAAGUACAAAAUCCUACAAAUCAGAACAAACCAGAUCUUCAGACUGUCUUUGAAAAAACUGCAGAAUCAGAUUUUAGUUUAUACUAAAUAAAUGACCUUUGUCUUCACCAGUGAUGUUCCCCCAGAAUGUGGUGAAACUGCUCUGCAAUAUUUAGUCAUUUAUGAGUUUGUAAACCAUUCAAAAUAAAACAUUUUCUCUAUGAAAUAUUUGUGCUGUAUUUAAGCAGAUUCAAUAAAUCAAAUGCAGA